AUGGCCCGGCACACAGGUCUUGAUCAGACAGAUCUUUACGGAGCCAAGCUCGCGGAACUUGUCGCUCAAAAUGUCUCAAACCCACUUCCAGCAGAAAAUGCAAUCAAUGCUCGACUGACUGGCAUUGAUGGAACUAGUACUGCCGUCCUGGCAAGCAAGAUCACGACGGCCACCAACAACUUUGGCGGCUUCGCCCUAGUCCUCCACGACGAUCCAAAGUACAACGACUUCUACUGGCUCCAGUUCAUCACCCGACAGCUUGUUGUCGAUAAUGUUGCCAAAACCGGUAAAUUGGUCAACAGAGCAUCGACUCCUGCAUACGAGCUGGUAGACGCCGCGGCAGAGGUCACAGACUUCGCCAGUGGCGCUGGAGCAUCAAACUGGAACACCUGUUGGGGAGUUGACUCUAACCUCACCAAGGGCUGGUUCGGUGACACGUAUGAAUACGCGCACUCAGACGAUCUGAAGAUAACAGCCAUCCUGGACCCUCCGAGCGUUCUGAUGGGAAAAACCCCAACCGACACGGAGAAAGCUUACUACAAAGAUUGUCCGGACGGACUGGUUAGUAUGAGGACUGAGCUGGGGAGUGGUCAGGGAAUCUCCCGCGCCUACUUCUCUGACUAUCUCUUGAAGAAGGUGGACGGAGGCAAUUAUCGCAUCUAUGCCCGCUUUGACCUGACUUUGACUUGGAACGCAAGGGAAGCAGACAAGAAGAACUUUACACUCAACACUUUAGCUUCCACUCAGACCAAUACUUUACUCGCCUGCCAUACUGCUGCUCUGCAACAUAGAACGAGUCGCGGCGAUGAUUCGUUUCAGGAGUUCCGCAGCAAAAUUAUUUAG